AUGGCGGAGAAGGGCUGCCUCAAGCGGCUCCGAAUGAGUACCACGCGCUCGCAAGGUGUCUAUGGAAAGGUUAGAAGUUUGUACUUCUUAGGUAUUACACCUUCUCUGAAUUUGAUGGUUGCGCUUUUAAUAAGUGAUGCAUUUAUCAGUGGCAACAGAAUACCCCUGGCCCUGUAUUUUUUGCCUCAUACUAUGUACUUGAAGGAAGUAAAGACACACCCUUUGAAGUUCAUCCUGAAUCUUGGAAUCCAAUGUGGUCUGUUGCAAGCUAUAGUGUACAAUUUUUCUGCUACUGUACAAUGUACAGACUCUAAUUUCUGCCAGUCAAAUCACUACUUUGUGAUAAGUUUUAUGGGAUUCAAGACCCACUUGGAUUUUUUUUCUGCAUUUAUGAUAGUCAAGGACUUGCGAAGGCUGUAUUGGACUCACAAUAAUCUCACUGUCAUGGAUGUGACGCCCUUGUGGAACCACUCAUCCGAUGCUCUGCUAUAUGCUCACCAUCCUUCUCACAUGGUGGAUUUGAAUAAAACACAGAAUCCAGAUGGUUUUAGCCAUUGUCAUGAGCUAGGCAGGCAGGCCCCUCAUUUCCUCGUCAAUGGGGUCUCAUGGGGAAAUUUGGAUGCCAAGGGUUCAAUUCCGAGGAAGCAAGUGUUCCAAAGAGAUGAGGUUUUGCUAUCGCAGAUGGAUUUGAAUAAAACACAGAAUCCAGAUGAUUUUAGCCAUUGUCAUGAGCUAGGCAGGCAGGCCCCUCAUUUUCUCGUCAAUGGGGUCUCAUGGGGGAAUUUGGAUGCCAAGGGUUCAAUUCCGAGGAAGCCUGACUCUUGCAGUGUACAGGGAAAUUCUGGUUGCCACUAUAUCAUUGAUUUAGAGAAACCAGCCACAUUGGAUUGCGGUGUACAGGGAAAGUCUGGUUGCCACUAUAUCAUUGAUUUAGAGAAACCAGCCACAUUGGAUUGCAGUGUACAGGGAAAGUCUGGUUGCCACUAUAUCAUUGAUUUAGAGAAACCAGCCACAUUGGAUGAUGAGGAUGCAGACUAUGCUAACCACAAUGGUGGUCUUUCAGAUAAUUCACAAUCUGUUCCACUGGAUAGCUCUUUGGUGAUGCGUGGUCACUUGUGCACAGGUCAAAGUGCCCCUUAUGUUACUUCUGGUUCAGUUGGUUCCAGUGAUACCCCAGACAGUCAUUCACCUGCCAGAACAAAGAAUACAGCAUCUGGACGCAUGUUUAUUGAUCUGAAUUCUGGAGGUUUUUGCAACAAUUCGAGCAAAACAUUCCUCAAAGGAAGUGAAUCUAGUAUCGGAUCAUCGAAAGGAUCCUCCGUAACAGUCGCCACGACUAUCACUGUUCCAGAUAGUUCAAGGGAAGUGUUGGCUGCAGGUUUAUUUCGUGAUUGCCAGAGCCACAAGCCUUUCUUUAUGGAAACAUCAAAUCCACUUCCCAGAAAAAAUAGCCAUCAUCAGAUGAUUUCCAGAUUGGAGUCUCAGGGUUGUAUGGAAAUGGAAGUACCACGGAAAGGACUCUCAGUUCGUUCCAGCGGUGAAAAUAAUUCUUAUUCAGGUUUAACUAAACUGGGAGGCAGCCAAGCCACAAAUUUAAUGGGACAAGUACAAGCAGCUGUUGUUGUACAUAGGGAUAACCAAGAGGAAACUAUAACAGUAAUAUCUGAUCACAAAGUGGAAGGCUUUGACCUAAAUGUAGCAGUUGAGAACACUGAUUGUCCAGCAAAUUUUGAAAGCAGUUAUUUAAGGCAACAUGUAAAUAAUGAUGACAGACAUUGUUUGGCUCAGAACGAGGCUCAGCAAAAUAUUGCCCCCAUUGAAUGUCCAAUUAGUAGAAACCAGAACAUGGUUGCUAAGAGCACGGAUGGUGAGGAUGUACGGAGUCCAGUUUCUGGAAUUGCAAUUAACAGGUCUGUUGUGAUCCCGGAAACUCCUCAGGGUCGCGACUAUGCAUGUCCACGGUCGAGAUCGUCAUGUAAUGCAGCAUCAGUUGCGCCUGAAGCUGUCAGCUUUGAUGAAACGGAGAUGGGAGAGGACGAAAAAACUGCUGCCACAGCAGCUAAGACACUCGUUUCCAUGUUUGCGAGCAACUCUGCAUGGUUGACAGAUGGCCCUGGAAGCAACGGUGAAACAGACGCUGAGGAUGCAAUGCAGGAACCUGCACCUUCAUUGAAUUCUUUUGAGGAAAGCAUACUGAGCCUAGAGGAGAUGAAAGAUGAUGGGGAAUCGGUCCUAGUGAGAGCACCCGACAACGAUGGGCCUUCAUGUGGGAUUAAGCUGAAGAGGGGGAGGGGGUUGAGAGAUUUCCAGAGGGAAAUAUUGCCUGGGCUUGUGUCCCUGGCGAGGCAUGAGAUAUGUGAUGACUUGCACUCCAUAGGAUAUGAAAUCAGGAAAAGCCGGUUACGGAGAAGCCCUGGUGAUGAGGGUAGUCCACCAACACGAAUACGACUGCCUAGGCGUUGUUCUACCGCAUGGAACCGAUGA